CUCCCAUUGAUUCCUAUUAUUAAUCCACAUCACUCCUCUCUGUCUCUCUCCCUAUAUAUAAAUAGUACACCAACACCAUCUCCACCACUUUGAUUUUAUUUUAUACACACCCAAACAAAUUAAAUAGUGAUCAUGCUCUUGCUUUCAAGAAAUUUCAAUUAAAGGGUUUGUGCUUUUUUUUUGGGUUUGUUUUAAAAUUUUGUUGGGUUAGUUCAAUUUUUUUAGGUUUUGAGGGGAAAAAAAUGGCAGUAGAAGCUCAGUUUGCAUUAUGUGGCUCUCAAGAUUGGAUGGAUAAUGUCUGUGGUGGCGGUUUAAAUCUUUUUUACAAUCCCCAUCUUCAACAACAGCAGCAACAGAAGCUGAAUCAUCAUCAUCAUCAUCAUCAUCUACAACAACAGCAACAGUUUAAUAAUAUGAACAUUGGUUGUGUUCUUGAAUCUCCUCCUCUGAAAACCCCAUCAAUGGCUUCUUAUUCUCAAAUCAUGGAUGCUUAUGAUGAGAAACACAGACAAGAGAUUGAUUAUUACAUCAGAUUACAGAAUGAGAGACUGAGAUUCUUAUUACAAGAACAGAGGAAGCAACAUUUGGUCUCAUUAAUGAAGAUAAUAGAAUCAAAGGCCGGGCCGUUAUUGAGACAAAAAGAUGAGGAAAUAUUAGAAGGAUACAAAAGAAGACGAGAGCUUGAAGAUUUCUUGAAAAGAAUAGAACUGGAAAAUCAAGAAUGGCAAAGAAUAUCACAAGAAAAGGAAUCAAUGGUUAUUUCACUCAGCAACACAAUCGAUGAAUUACGAGAAAAAAAGGGUUCAUGCUGCUUUGAUAAUGGAGCAGAAGAUGCAGAGUCUUGCUGUAAUAAUGACAUAAACAGAGGUUCAAUUCAAGAAAACAGGGUAAUAAUUAUUGAUGAUGAUGAUGAUGACAGGGAGGGGAGAUUGAAGAAAUGCAGAGGGUGUAAUGAUAGGAAUUCGUGUAUUUUAUUCCUGCCUUGUAGGCAUCUGUGUUCAUGCAAAGAUUGUGAAGCUUUUCUUGAUUGUUGCCCAGUUUGUCAAACAGUAAAGAAGGCUAGUAUUGAGGCUUUAAUAGUUUAGAUUUUCUAGGUAAAAAACUCAAUUCAAUGCCUUGUUUUGCAGGGCAUUGGUAUUUGGUCAUUUUUAGAUUAGAUUUUUGUUUAUUUUUUGAUGGAAAAUCACAGAAUCCUUUUUGUAUUUACUAUUUAGAUGUUAAAAUUGUAGUUUUGCAGUGGUAGCAAUCAAAAUGGAUUGGAAGGAAAUUACAGAACAAGGGGUAAAAAGUAAAAAUAAAGAAAAAGAAAAGAUGGCAUCUUUUUUUCUUUAA